UGAUUCGCCCGCUCGCGCAAGCGCACUUGACAUCCCCGCACCUCCCCCUCGUCGCUGUAUUGCCGUUAAUCCGCGGAUGUCAGUGCGGCGUCAUGGCGGACAUCAAGACGGGAAUCUUCGCCAAAAAUGUGCAAAAAAGGCUCAACAGAGCGCAGGAGAAGGUGUUGCAGAAGCUGGGCAAAGCCGACGAGACCAAAGAUGAACAGUUUGAACAAGUUGUCAUCAACUUCAGAAGACAGGAGUGUGAAGGUUCGCGGCUGCAGAGAGAGAUGAAGGCCUACAUGUCCGCUAUCAAAGGGAUGCAGCAGGCCUCCAUCAACCUGACGCAGUCUCUCCAUGAGGUCUACGAGCCAGACUGGCACGGAAAAGAUGAUGUGAUGACCAUCGGCAAGGAUUGCGAUGCACUGUGGGAAAAUUUCCACAAUAAGCUGGUGGACUCGACGCUGCUGAAUCUGGAUGGAUACUUGCAGCAGUUUCCUGACCUGAAGACCCGCGUGGCCAAAAGAAGCCGGAAACUCAUCGACUACGACAGCGCUCGUCAUCAUGUUGAAACGCUGCAGCUGUCCGGGAUGAAAAAUGACCGCAAGAUGCUGAAGGCUGAUGACGAGUUGCGAAAGGCUCAGAGAGUGUUUGAUGAGCUCAACGUUGGUCUGCAAGAUGAACUUCCAACUCUUUGGGACAGCCGAGUCAGAUUCUACAUCAGCACCUUCAAAAGCGUGACGAGUCUGGAGGCCAGAUUUCACCGAGAGAUUUCUCUGGUGUGUAAGCAGCUGUACGAAGUGAUGACGCAACUGAGUGAACAACACGCUGACAAAAUGUUCACCAUCCAAGGAGCACCCAGUGAUUCGGGGCCGUUGCGGCUGGCUCGGACGCCUUCGCCCCCCGAAGACGAAAGUCCACCCGAGAGUCCAGACGCCGGUUCCAAUCACAUGCUGCGCCCGGUUUCUCCCGGGCCGCCGCGUCCCAAAUCUCCCGUGCAGAUGAAAAAGGGCCCCCCUGUGCCUCCGCCCCCCAAAGUCACGCCUUCCAAGGAGGUGGUGGAGGAGCAAAUCAUCGACCUGUUUGGAGGAGAGUUUUUACCGGCGCCAUCACCAUCUCAGCCCAAUGAGAGGCCGGGAGAAUCGCUCCUUGAUCUCGAUUUCGACGCCUUCCAGCCGGAUGAAAGUGUGUCGCCGGUACCGCAGACCGCUGUGCCUUGGGAUACGUGGUCGGCUCAGCCAGCGCAGACUGCUUCGGAAAGCGGCUUUGUCGCCGACUGGUCGGCUGACUUUGGUUCAGCGGCUACCAACGGAGAAGCUACCGCAGGGGAGGCUGCCACAGGAGCUCCUGAAGGGGCAGAGGGAGGGGAUCAGGGUGAUGAUGGAGAUAAAGUCACAACUCCUCCUGCUCCUCCUCCCAAGGACAGUGAGACAGCAGAGGAUGAGGAUGCCACUGGCCCAUCGUUCUUUGCUGAUUUUGAUAAAAUGAACAAAGUCAAUCCCGGAUCAACGGAGGCUUUGGAGAUUGCAAAUUCAGCACCUUCCGCCGGCGAAGAAGUGCCUCCAGCUUCUCUGGCUGGUGAGGACGACCCAGUGGCGGUUCCCACCGCCACUGAGGAAAAUACAGCAGAUAGUUGUGGCUCACCACUGGAAGAAAACCCGCCUGAAUCGGUUUCAGUUCCAGAAGAAAAAAAGCAAAGUCCUGUCGACGAAGCUUCGGAAACGAUGGCCAUUCCAUCCGUGGUGAUUGAGCCCGCCUCCAGCAACGAAGGCGACGAUGAUCGCGACGCAGACAUCAUCUCACCCUCGGCUAUCAGUGACAACUGCGUGGCUGCCGACAAUCCUCCAAUCAAACCCACAAGUUCAUCUCCGGGGGGACUCCCGGGCGACUUCCUGUACAAGGUGGAGACGAUGCACGACUUUGAGGCAGCCAAUAGCGACGAGCUGGACCUGAAGCAAGGUGAUGUGGUCUUAGUGGUCCCCACCGCUUCAGUGGAGGAUCAGGAAGCCGGUUGGCUGACGGGAUUCAAGCAGAGUGACUGGAUGAUGCUGGGAACCGGAGCGCAAAAGGGACUUUUCCCAGAAAACUUUACGCAGCGUUUGGAGUGAGACGCUUUUCCCAUCCGCAUGUACACAAUGCCUUCGAAAACACCGCUUGGUCUUUUCCCAGGAUCAACCUGAGCCCUGUGGUCUACUCUCCAACCCCCCACCCCCAUCCCCCUCGCUCUAGUUCAAGAAAACAAAAGACGGGGGAAGUUGUUUCUGUGUGCAUGUUUCAUCUCGAAAGGCUAUAAAUGCAUAUCGUCACCCUAAAGUGUAACACAGUGUUGAAGAAUCCCCCCCCCCCACCCCCCCGAGUCACGAUGUCAUUCUUUAGCCACGAUGGAAGCGAUGUACUCCAUCACGCUCAUUUUCUGCGGCUGUGCUCAUAUUUGGUUUGGUGAUCGGUGUUGUGCGGCGACAAGUUGUGACGUUUCGCAUAGUUAUCUCUCAAAAUAUAUUGCUCAUCCUACUAUGUUAGUGUUCUUUGAACAUGUUGACGGAGAGAAAGGAAAUUGUUUUGUUUAAAAAAAUAAGG